UUAAAUAGUAAUUUAAAAGAAACAUUGAAAGAAUGAAAAAAAUAAAUAUUAUUUUCACCUUUCUGCCUUCUGAGUAACAUUUCCCGAUCAAUAGGAAGCGUUUAGUUGUUUAACUUCCCCAGUUGCAAUGCCACCUUGGUAACCCAAGUCCCUUCACCCCACGGCCUGCACACCACCGUAAUAAACCUAAGUCCAGACCCACUACAGGCCAGACACGUUGCGUGUACUCUAGAAAUCCAGAAAUCCAGCUUGAAUUUCGGACAUCUACACACCCGAGGAACAAAUCUACCUUCAUCCCGACGAUAAAAUUAAUUUUGUUAGUCAGGAUGCUGAACCGUCAGUACUUGGACUUGCGAUGCAGUUCAAAUGACCCCGGAAGGGUCCGUGAUGAACGAUGUCGUAUUGACGAGCAUCCGACGGAUCCAAAUGCUCAGCAGAGUCCGCAGAUUGAGCCUUGUGGUGUUGGAAAUUUUAAUUACAAACCGGAAGCUGGAGACUGUCCAACAGUGAAUGCUUUGAGAGAAAGGAUAACUGAGGCCGGAAAACCUCCGCCGUAUUUUCCUCAAUUAAAUGACAACGUUCCAGCGAUUGAUGAAGGACCGAUGGGCCCAGUGGGUCCUUGGGCUACAGGGAGGCCUGUUUUUUCUCCGGUUAAUGGAAUGACUGGAAUAAGACCUGUUGUUGAUCGUUACUCUAUGACCCGGUACACUCCAGCUCAGUGGCGAAAUCACAAUAAAACAUUUUUUGAUCAGUCUAGUCGAAUGAUUAGCAACGCUAGAACGCUGGCUAAGGAUGUGAGGGAACAUAACUCGAGAGCUUACAGAGAAACAGAUAAAAAUCAGCUGGAAAACAGAGACCGGCUGAGUGGCAGGUCUGGAGAAAUUCAUUAUUGGAAAAUGGAACUCGAGCGAGCGAUUAUUGAACUCACUGAUGAAAUAGAACUACUUGAAGUUGAACACCGACGCGUUAAACAAUCACUCUCUGUAUUGACCAUUCCAGAGUCAAUUGCUGGGGAAUUUUUACAAAUUCGUUCCACUAGAAUGGAACCUGAUCUUGUACGUGAUAAAGUUGAAGAUGAACUUGUCAAGGAAACAGCUUUAUGCUCUGUUGUAAGAAAUAUACUUAAUAAAACUCGUGAAUCAAUAGAAGAUCAAUUACUGGAAUUAAAAGCGGUAAAAACCCGCCUCGAGUUUGAUUUAACAGAUAAAGUUGAUGCUUAUGCUAAUGACUCGGCGUGUAUUGGCUUAACAAAUGAUUCUCCGCUGAUUAUGAUGAAGCCUGGGGCUACUAGAGUUCCACCUGAACAAUCGUCACCAGAAGGAUACGAUAAUUUUACAAAAGUUAAUUUGGAAAGUUCUGAAAAUACUAGACAAAAAUCAAUAGCUCUAAGAGCGACUUUAAAUGAUACUUAUUUGAAAGUUGUGAAAGAUUUGCGACAACAAGCGACUGAAGUCGACUUGGCCUUAACGGACAAUGUCAAUGUCACUGAACAAGUUUGUCAAGCUCUGGAAAAGGAAUUAGUUAAUUGCCUGAAUCAAUUGUCAGAUACCGAAAAAUUGAUCGAAGAAUUAAGAGGAGCCAACAGAGGACUAGAAGAAGCUAUGAAAGUUGCCCAGACUCGAUUAGAUAUUCGUCAUGAGCGUAGAAAUGUUGAAAAUUGCCGCGACAUUCCACAAUAUGGUUUAAUUGAAGAAGUAAAAAUUAUCGGAGAAAAUUUAACGUCAAUGGCUGGUCAAUUGCGACAAGCAGAAGAAACACAAGCAGGUCUGGUGAAAUCUCGCGGUGACUUGGAACGUGAAAUAAUGGUGAAGAGAAAAACUCUUUACAUAGACAGAGAUCGUGGGCAAUUGUUACGUUCAUUUUAUCCCUCAGCAGAAGCAUUGUCUGGCCACGUAUAAAAUUCUCCACCUCUUCCUCCUUCCUCAUUGCCACCACCAUUUCCUGACUACAUAUCACGGCUCGACUGAUAUCAAUGAAUUUUUAAUCCUUUUAGAAUUAAAUUUUUACGCUGUUCUUUUUGCCUGCCUUAUUUCUAUUCGCUUUUUUAGCGAUUCUACAAUUGUCUUGUAAUAAAAGUUUUUUAUCUUUUACGGCUGCUUU